AUGGCCGGCGGAGGAGGAAAUAUCAAGGUGGUGGUGAGAGUGCGGCCGUUUAACAGUAGAGCAAAAUGUAUCGUGCAGAUGAAGGGCAACCAGACGGUGCUCACGCCACCGCCGGGCGCCGAUGAGAAGCUUCGCAAGACGGGCUCGAAGGGGGCCCCCGAGGGCCCCAAGACGUUCGCGUUUGACCGGUCGUACUGGUCCUUCGACAAGACCGACUCGAACUACGCCGGACAGGACAAUUUGUUUGAUGAUCUGGGGGUGCCGUUGCUGGACAAUGCCUUCCAAGGCUACAACAAUUGUAUUUUCGCGUACGGACAGACCGGCUCGGGCAAGUCAUACUCGAUGAUGGGAUACGGCAAGGAGUUUGGUGUGAUCCCGCGAAUCUGCCAGUCCAUGUUUGAACGCAUUACCGCCAUUCAGCAGGACAAGAAUCUGGGUUGCACCGUCGAGGUCUCCUACCUCGAGAUCUACAACGAGCGCGUUCGUGACCUGCUGAACCCGUCUAACAAGGGCGGUCUCAAGGUCCGCGAGCACCCAUCGACCGGUCCCUACGUGGAAGAUCUCGCCAAGCUCGUCGUGCGAUCCUUUGACGAGAUCGAGAACCUGAUGGACGAAGGUAACAAGGCGCGAACCGUCGCCGCGACCAACAUGAACGAAACUUCGAGUCGAUCCCACGCCGUCUUUACCUUGACCCUCACCCAGAAACGACACGACGCCGAGACUUCAAUGGAUACUGAGAAGGUGGCUAAGAUCAGUCUGGUCGAUCUGGCCGGUUCGGAGCGAGCAACGUCGACGGGCGCGACAGGUGCGCGGUUGAAGGAGGGCGCCGAGAUCAACCGCUCGCUCUCAACACUCGGUCGAGUCAUCGCGGCUCUGGCGGAUUCCUCGACGGGCAAGAAGAAAGGGAACUCGCUGGUGCCGUAUCGUGAUUCCGUUCUCACCUGGUUGCUCAAGGACUCGCUGGGAGGUAACUCGAUGACCGCCAUGAUCGCCGCCAUCUCGCCGGCGGACAUCAACUUUGACGAAACCCUGAGUACCCUGCGCUAUGCCGACUCCGCCAAGCGUAUCAAGAACCAUGCGGUCGUCAAUGAGGACCCCAACGCACGGAUGAUCCGCGAAUUGAAGGAAGAACUGGCCCAGCUACGAUCAAAGCUAGGCGGCGGCAGCAGUGGCGGCAGCGGUGGUCUCCCUGCAGAAGAAUCAUACCCGCCCGACACGCCCCUCGAGAAGCAAAUGGUCUCGAUCCAAAAACCCGAUGGGACGGUGCAGAAGGUCAGCAAGGCGGAGAUCGUGGAACAACUGAAUCAGAGUGAAAAGCUGUACAAGGACCUCAACCAAACAUGGGAAGAGAAGUUACAGAAGACCGAGGAGAUCCACAAAGAACGCGAGGCUGCAUUAGAGGAGCUAGGAAUCAGCAUCGAGAAGGGUUUCAUCGGUCUGAGCACCCCGAAGAAGAUGCCGCAUUUGGUCAACUUGAGUGACGACCCUCUCCUGGCAGAGUGUCUCGUGUAUAACAUCAAGCCGGGCACGACGACGGUGGGCAACAUGGAUCAGGGAAACACCGUGGAGAUCCGACUGAAUGGAUCCAAGAUUCUCCACAACCAUUGCACAUUCGAGAAUGUAGACAACGCCGUCACUCUUGUGCCCAGUGAGGGCGCUGCUGUCAUGGUCAACGGGCUGCGUAUCGAUAAACCCAAGCGGCUCAGGAGCGGGUUUCGCAUCAUUCUGGGUGAUUUUCAUAUCUUUCGUUUCAACCAUCCGCAGGAAGCUCGUGCCGAACGAGUCGAACAGAGCCUGCUGCGCCAUUCCGUGGCCACCAGCCAACUUGGCUCGCCAGCACCCUCCAAGAUCCAGCACGACCGCUCAUUGAGCAAGACAGGCUCCGAGAUGGACGGCGAUUCAAGUCGUGCAGACUCGCCCAUGCCGUCGCAGCGCGGCCGCGAGUCAGACUGGUUCUACGCGCGCCGCGAGGCUGUGAGUGCCCUUCUGGGGCCGGACCACAUCUCGCACCUGCCGGACGGCGAGUUGGACGCACUCUUUGAAGACGUGCAGAAGAUCCGAGCUGUCCGCCGGGGCCUGGUGGACAACGACGAGGAUUCUGAUUCCCUGAAUUCGUUCCUCGUUCGCGACAAGUACAUGUCGAACGGCACGAUCGACAACUUCUCCCUUGACACGGCCAUCACGAUCCCUGGCACCCCGCGUCAAAACGAGGAGGAGGAUGGAGGAAACGGGGACUCGUCGAACUCGGCCCUGCAGUCUGUGCGCCAUGAGAUGCAACGACAGCUUGACAAACAGAAGGACGAGUACCGCGACCGACUACGGAAUGCCGAAGCGUCGCCGACUCAGGAUGUGGAGGAAUUGCGGCUCGAAAAGACACGCAUGGAAGAAGCACUGCAGACUGUGAAAGCGGAAUUUGAGCAGCAGCUUCAAAAGCAGAAGGAGGUGUUUGAGCUGCAGAUGAAGGAGAUGGGCAAACCGGUGCCCCGGAUCUACGAGAACGGGUUUGCCCGACUGGAACCGCACGAGAUCGAGCUGGCCCGGUCGGUCUUCCGUCACUGGUCGCAGCGUAACUACGUCCGGAUGGCGGAGAACGUCCUCCAGCAUGCGUCGCUGCUCAAGGAAGCCCAGGUGAUGAGCCAGAUCAUGGACAAGAACGUCGUCUUUCAGUUCGCCGUGAUCGACCACGGCCACAACAUGGCCUCGUCGUACGAUCUGGUGCUUAAUGGCAUCUCCGGGGACGAAGAUGUCGUUCUGGAUGAGGCUAAGAAGCCAUGCAUUGCCGUGCGUGUCAUCGACUUCAAGCAAUGUGUCAUCCACCUAUGGUCGAUUGAGAAGCUGCAGCGCCGCGUCCAGGCCAUGCGCCAGGUGCAUCAGUACAUCGACCGGCCGGACUACAUCCGACACUUUAAGCUUGAGAAUCCCUUCUCGGAGCCGUGUUCGCCGCAGUUCUCCCUCGUUGGCGAUGCCGAUAUCCCCCUGACGGCCGUAUUUGAGACUCGCGUGCAGGAUUUCUCGGUCGAGGUGGUCUCGCCGUACACGCAGAGCGUCGUGGGCAUCAUUCGUCUGUCUCUCGAGCCCUCGUCGGCGCAGGCCCCUUCUUCUACCCUCAAAUUCAACGUCGUCAUGCGUGACAUGGUAGGGUUCGCCGAGUGGGAGGGUACUGACGUGCACGCCCAGCUGUUCGUUCCCGGUAUCUCUGAAGAAGGUGGCGCAACGACCACGCAGAUGAUCGGGGGCUUUGACGAGAGCCCCAUCCGCUUCGAGAGCGUCCACAGUAUGAGUUUGCCCCUAUCGAGCCCGCGGACCGCCGCGCUCAAGGUGUGCGUCUACGCGCGGGUCACGCAGAUGCAUCUGGAUAAACUGCUCAGCUGGGACGAGAUGCGCGACUCGACCGAGGGGGCGUCGCCGCAUAAACGCCAGUCGCCCCGUAUCGCCGAGUCAGAGUUUUACUCGGAGGAACGACACGACGUCUUUGCGCGGCUCCAGAUCCUCGAGCUGACCGAGUCGGGCGAGUAUCUCCCCGUCGAGGUGGUCCAGAACAACAGUCUGGAUGUGGGCACCUACCAGCUGCACCAGGGUCUGCAGCGCCGCGUGCUGAUCAAUAUGACGUAUAGUUCGACCGAGUCUCUGCCCUGGGAUGAGAUCGCUAAUAUCCGGGUCGGCGCUGUCCGCCUACUCGACCCGUGGGGCAAGAUCCCGGAUCAGGACCUGCAAACCCCUGACGUGCCACUGAAAUUUGUGCAGCCACCGACGAUGAAGGACAACGCUGACGGCACCUCCAACGUGACGAUUGUCGGCCAGUGGGACUCGAGCUUGCACGGGUCUCUGUUGAUGGACCGCGUUACGGCCGACAAGUACCGGGUCCAAGUCACCGUCCGUUGGGACCUGAUCUCCUCGCGGCUGCAGGAACCAGUCGUCUUCGAGGCGGACCCGACGCUGCAGAUCCUCGGCCGCACAUACAUCCGUCCGCAGUCCAUGUUCAAGUCGUUCUGGCCAACGACACGCAUCGUCCACUCGACCGUCCGCAUGUUCUCGCUCGCCAUCCGCCCCGUGUCGGCCAAGCGGGCGGCGGACCUGUGGCGCAUGAACACGCAGAACGACUACGUCAAGGGCGAGGAGCUGCUCACUGCGUGGUCGCCUCGCCAGAUCUCGCUCAUCCGCGACUAUAUCACCGCUCGCAAGCGCCGGCAACGGCUGGCGGAGCUCCACGCGGCUCGCGGCUCGCUCAGCGCCGGCAGUCUCAUGCCGUCGCCCUCACCCGUCAGAGGCAGUGGCCGAUCCACUCCUCUUCGCACCCUCAUCAAUAAUAAUAGUAAUAAUAAUAGCAGCAAUGGCCUCAACGGUGGCAGAGAGCAGCUCACGGAGCGCAAAGCCGCGCUGCUGCGCAAGUACCUGGACCUCUGGGUCACCAAGAAGGAUCCCACCGACUCCAUCCUGGUUCGCAGCAAUACAGAACCCCCGGCGGGCGGCGCGGCGUUUGCCUGGCACGCGAAACCGCCCUCCUCCUCUGCCGCCUCUGCUGCCUCGGAAGCGGACCCGUCGAUGCUGAAGCCGCGGUACAUUGCGACGAUCCAGACGCUGCCCAAAAACCCGUCGGCCCUGAAGACGGGCUACCUGCUCACGCCCGAUGACACGAACAGCCACUGGGUGCGGCGGUUCAUCGAGCUGCGGCGGCCGUACCUACACGUCUACUCGGCCGAGGGGGAUGAGCUGAACGCCAUCAACCUGCGCAGCGCCCGUAUCGAUCACGCUCCGGACUUUGCUCGCCUGCUGGACGGGUCGGUCAAAGGGCGGCCGAACGUGUUCGCCGUCUACGGCACCCAGAACACGUUCCUCUUUGGUGCUCGCACCGAGGCGCAGAAGGUCGAGUGGAUCUUGAAGAUUGACGAGAGCUACUUUAGCAACGGGCGGCGGGAGUCGAAUUAA